GCCAGCUUGGUUUACGGAGCAAAUUCCAGGACAUCCAAGGCUACACAGAGAAACUCGGUCUCAAAAAAACCGAACGGGGGAGAACAAAGAAUUACGGCGUCUGUGGGAAAUGGACUAAGCUCUGGUAUUUGGCAAAGAAGACAGACUUUUGCGCUCGGUAGUGUGAAUGUACAGUCCAGCCAGCAGGCAGGUGUUUCCUGGGGGUGACUCUUCUGGAUCAGCACUCUCUGGAAGUGAUUAACAUUCAUGUUUCACGAAGGAAGCGGCCAAGACAACAUGAGCACGGAAGUGAAGAAAAUGGCAAAGACAAGUGGCCAGAAAGGCCAGGGUAGGCGAGCCCUCAGAGUGAACACGAAACAAGAGGAGGUGGACCAAGUCCAGAAGACAAGCCUGGAACCUCUCCACAUAACAUACACCAUCCACGAUGAUGAUAUGUAUGGUGAGACAAACCCCGAGACUGAGGAAGAUGACUUCCCUGAUGGUUACAUAGAGUGCAUCAUCAGAGGGGAGUUUUCUGAACCUAUUUUGGAAGAGGAUUUACUUUUUAAAUCUUUUGAAAACCUAGAGAAAGCCGAACAAGACCUUUCUCGCCAGGUUCUUGAAGCGAGUUCCCUUCUAGAAAGUUCUUUGGAAUAUGUGACUAAGGGAACAAAACAGGAGAAAAGGGAGACCAAACAAGAGCAGCCUCAACAGAUUGUUGAAGCGAAUUCAGAACUCGGGUGUUCCAAGUCCAUGACUAGCUGGAAGCUUCCUGUUGAAAAAAUACCAAAAGUUGAUUUAUCAGAUCCUCAGCAGCUUGCCUCAGAGCUUCUCUCGACUGAAGAGAAGCCAAAGGGUGAUGAAUCUGGUGACAUUUUAUCGAUGCUGGAGUGUCCUCAAACAGGGUGCACGAAGAAGCUGAGAGACAAAACUGCCCUGAGGAAGCACAUGCUUGUUCACGGUCCCCGCCAGCAUGUGUGUGCAGAGUGUGGGAAAGCUUUUGCCGAGAGCUCGAAACUAAAGCGACACUUUCUGGUGCAUAACGGAGAGAAGCCAUUUCAGUGCACCUUCGAGGGGUGCGGGAAGCGCUUCUCACUGGACUUCAACCUGCGCACCCACAUACGCAUCCACACUGGCGAGAAGCGCUUUGUGUGCCCCUUUGACGGCUGCUCCAAAGGCUUUAUUCAGUCAAAUAAUCUGAAAACUCACAUCCUAACCCAUGCAAAGGCAGGGAAGAAAUGCUGAAGACCAAGACAGAGAUUGUCCUCAGGCUGGGUAGUCUUAAUGGAAGAAUCAGUCAAUGGGGAGGCCUCCAUUGUGGAAUAUUUGUCAGGAGUUUCACAACUCUAGAAAGCAAACUUUUAUUCUUUAUUUUUCAUUAUACCAUUUUAAGGACAGUCAUUUCAUGGUGUAGUUCCAACAGAAAAGUGAAUGUCGGAGUUACUUCAGAAGCAUAAUCUUUAAUAAUAUAUGUGCUGCAUUAUUCAAUGUGAUGAUUUUUGCCUACUUUGUAGAAAAUCACUGAUUUUUAAGUAUAUAGUUUCUAAUUGCCUAGCUUUACCUUUAAAAUUGUACUUCAUGGUAGAUGCGAUAACCCUAAA